GUGGUGUGGUCAGUGGACCGGUGUAUAUAAUGGUAGGGACACGACAGUAGCACAGCUCUGGAAGCUUGUGAUACACGGGUGUCUGGUGCUCUGUGAUACACCCGCAUCGAACUGGGUGCAGGUAGUAAACAACGACUUCCAAUGACAAAGUGACAUUAGGAGAGCAGUAGAAAAGUUUCAGUGUGUUGUUAGAUGUCCAAGAUCCUAUCUGGUGAGUAGGUCAGUCCUGUUUCCAUUUCCAGAGACCCGCCAAAAUGACGUCACUAAACACCGGACGGAGCGCACACAGAGAGGUCAAAGGUGAAGAAACCACGAAGACACCAGCAAAGACCAGACAGGAUAGCGCUGACGUCUUCGUCGAGAUUCCGGAAACUUCGCCAGACAGAAAGACAGACAAGACGCAGAAGAACGACUCGAAGUUGCAGAUUCCUCACAACGGUUCCACCGUCAACGGUCACAAGGGGGACGUCGUUAUAGCCGCUGAUGACGAUGAUGGAAAGAGCGGAUGCUGCGGUAGAAAGAAGAAAGAAACACAAAAGACGGUUGGGGCUUUAGAACUGUUCCGAUUUGCAGGGCCUUUGGAGAUUGUUAUGAUGGUUGUUGGUAUGUUUGGAUCGGUGGUUGCUGGCUGUGGACUUCCUUUGAACAUGAUUGUCUUUGGCGACGUCGUUGACAUGUUUAUCGACAGCAGCAAGAUAGCCAACGCCACCAAUCGGACGUACGCUGACGUCCUGAUGGAGAAGAUGUCCCCCAACACCAUGUAUUUUCUGGUUCUCGCCACUGUCGUCUUCGUGACCAGCACGAUGGCCGUGAGCUUGUGGACGAUGGCCGGCGAGAGGCAGAUUGUCCACAUCCGGAAACGCUUCUUCAGGUCCAUCAUGCGCCAGGACAUCGGGUGGUUUGACACCCACGAGGCAAGCGAACUCAACUCACGCUUUUCUGCGUAAGUCUGUCUGUAGGUGUGUCGCUAGCUGUCUGCUCGUCUGUCUGUAUGGCUCAUUGUUUGUCUGUCUCAAAUGUGUGAGGUCUGGCGACCAGGUGUCCUUGGUAACUAGAUAUUUAGCAUAAAAAUAAAUGCACUUCAAAUCAGUCCCCACCUUCCUCUGAACUGAUGACCAGUAAUAAAUAAUUUUGUCCCCUUGACACCAAAAAAAAACAAAAACAAAAAACUGUCUGUGUGUGUAUGUG